CCUGAAGCCUAUAAUGGCACCUUCACCGUCUUAAAUUUCCAAGGAAAUGCUAUUUCUUACAUUGAUGAGAAUGUAUGGAAAUCAUACUGUUGGAGUGAGAAACUGUCAACAAUACUCCCUAAUGGUGAGCAGCGUGUGGGCAGCUCUGGGGCUGUCCCUUACCUGCAUCUCAGCCCUCAGCCUCAUCUCCCCUGCGUGGUUCCAGACACACACUUUCUCCUUUGGUGUCCUCACCUACUGCUCUUCGCCUCAAGGUGACAGCUGGAACCAGAGCUGUGUGACCUUCAGGUCCCUCAAGGAUAUUUCUGACUUUCCUUGGAAGGUCUCAGCUGUGAUGCUUCUCGGAGGCUGGCUGCUAUUGGUCUUCAAUGCAAUUCUCCUCCUGUCCUGGGCCCUGGCCCCCAAAGGGCUGUGCCCAAGCAGGGUCAGUGGCCCAAUGCCAGGGGUGCAGGCAGUGGCAGCCACUGCCACCACUGCGGGCCUGCUGGUUUUCCCAAUCAGCCUGGCUUCCCCAUUCGCCAAAGCAGUCUGUGAAGGCUCCUCUGUGUAUCAUGGUGGAAGGUGCCAACCAGGCUGGGGCUAUGUGAUUGCCAUCUUCAAUGGAGUCCUGGCCAGCCUCCUGCCUGUGAUCAGCUGGCCUCGUGUGACCAUGACCAGCAUCCAGGGGAUGAUUAUCUUCUUCUCCAGCGACACAGACAGAAUCAUCCUUAUGCCGGAAAUGAACAAAUAAAAAUCUCCCAGGAGAAGCAAAAAGAGUGCUAGAUCUAGAGUUGUAUGAAAUGGUCACAUAGCUAGUCUCAAAUCCAAGCUCUACUGCUUCCUUGUGGUGUGACCUCAGGCAAGACCCUUCACCUCUCUGGACCCUAGUUUUCCCUUCUAUAAAAUGAA